GGCCCUUUGGUUCCAGUUCGGGCCGCGCGUGGCCCGUUUGUGGUCUGGUCAGAGCCCUGCCCGUGACGCAGGCGCAGCGCUAGCGGUGUGCGCGACCGCCCAUUCUCUGUGGUCUCCCUCUCCUCCCUUGUUUUCGGCCCCCUGGCUGAGAGCCCUGCGCCUCACUCUCACCCUCUGCGCCUCCCUCGUCGCGCGCCCGUGUCGCCUGGAAGACAAGCCCGCCCUCCCGCGCGACCAACGGCCGCGACCGCUCCCAGACCGCGCCAUGGGUGACAGUGACGACGAAUACGAUCGAAGGCGCAGGGACAAGUUCAGAAGAGAGCGCAGCGACUACGACCGAUCCCGAGAAAGAGACGAAAGGCGGCGAGGAGACGACUGGAAUGAUCGGGAGUGGGACCGGGGCCGGGAACGCCGCAGUCGGGGUGAAUAUCGAGACUAUGACCGGAAUCGUCGGGAGCGCUUCUCUCCUCCGCGCCAUGAGCUCAGCCCCCCACAGAAGCGCCUGAGGCGAGACUGGGAUGAGCACAGCUCUGACCCAUACCACAGUGGCUAUGACAUGCCCUAUGCUGGGGGUGGUGGGGGCCCAACUUAUGGCCCUCCUCAGCCCUGGGGCCACCCAGAUGUACACAUCAUGCAGCACCACGUACUGCCUAUCCAGGCCAGACUUCCUGUCCACCCCAGGCUGGGCAGCAUCGCUGAGAUUGACCUAGGUGUGCCGCCACCGGUGAUGAAGACCUUCAAAGAGUUCCUCCUAUCGCUGGAUGACUCUGUGGAUGAGACCGAGGCUGUCAAACGCUAUAAUGACUACAAACUGGAUUUUCGCAGGCAGCAGAUGCAGGAUUUUUUCCUGGCUCAUAAAGAUGAGGAGUGGUUUCGGUCUAAGUACCACCCAGAUGAGGUGGGGAAGCGUAGGCAGGAGGCCCGGGGGGCCCUGCAAAACCGACUGAGGGUAUUCCUGUCGCUUAUGGAGAGUGGCUGGUUUGAUAAUCUCCUCCUGGACAUAGACCGAGCUGACGCCAUUGUCAAGAUGCUGGAUGCUGCUGUGAUUAAGAUGGAAGGGGGCACAGAGAAUGAUCUACGMAUCCUGGAGCAGGAGGAGGAGGAGGAGCAGGCAGGAAAGCCUGGGGAGCCCAACAAGAAAGAGGAGGGCCGGGCUGGACCAGGCCUGGGGGAUGGAGAGCGCAAGGCCAGCGAUAAGGAUGACAAGAAAGAAGAGGGCAAACAGGCUGAAAACGAUAGUUCCAAUGACGAUAAAACUAAGAAGUCCGAGGGCGAUGGGGACAAGGAAGAGAAGAAGGAAGACUCUGAGAAGGAAGCCAAAAAGAGUAGUAAGAAACGGAACAGGAAACACAGCGGUGAUGACAGCUUUGACGAAGGCAGUGUGUCRGAGUCGGAGUCUGAGUCUGAGAGUGGCCAUGCUGAGGAGGAGAAGGAAGAGGCUGAAGAAGCACUAAAGGAGAAGGAGAAGCCCAAAGAGGAGGACAGGGAGAAGCCCAAGGACGCUGCUGGGCUGGAGUGCAAGCCCCGGCCCCUUCAUAAGACCUGUUCCCUCUUCAUGCGCAACAUCGCGCCCAACAUCUCCCGGGCGGAGAUCAUCUCUCUUUGUAAACGGUACCCAGGCUUUAUGCGUGUAGCACUGUCGGAGCCUCAACCCGAGAGGAGGUUUUUCCGUCGUGGCUGGGUGACCUUUGACCGCAGCGUUAAUAUUAAAGAGAUCUGUUGGAACCUGCAGAAUAUCCGACUCCGGGAAUGUGAACUGAGCCCYGGUGUGAACAGAGACCUGACUCGUCGUGUCCGCAACAUCAAUGGCAUUACACAGCACAAACAGAUAGUGCGCAAUGACAUCAAGCUGGCAGCCAAGCUGAUCCAUACGCUGGAUGACAGGACUCAGCUCUGGGCCUCUGAGCCUGGGACACCUCCUCUGCCAACAAGUCUGCCUUCGCAAAACCCAAUAUUGAAGAAUAUCACUGACUACCUGAUUGAGGAAGUGAGUGCUGAGGAAGAGGAGCUGCUGGGGAGCAGUGGAGGGGCCCCCCCAGAGGAGCCGCCUAAGGAAGGGAACCCAGCAGAGAUCAACGUGGAACGAGAUGAGAAACUGAUCAAGGUGUUGGACAAGCUCCUUCUCUAUUUGCGCAUCGUACAUUCCUUGGAUUAUUACAACACCUGCGAGUACCCCAACGAGGACGAGAUGCCCAAUCGUUGUGGCAUCAUCCAUGUUCGGGGGCCCAUGCCUCCCAAUCGAAUCAGUCAUGGAGAAGUGUUGGAGUGGCAGAAGACCUUUGAGGAGAAGCUGACUCCACUACUCAGUGUGCGGGAAUCCCUCUCAGAGGAAGAGGCUCAGAAGAUGGGUCGCAAGGACCCUGAGCAAGAAGUGGAAAAGUUUGUCACCUCGAACACCCAGGAACUGGGCAAGGAUAAGUGGCUGUGUCCUCUCAGUGGCAAGAAGUUUAAGGGCCCUGAAUUUGUUCGCAAACAUAUCUUCAACAAGCAUGCAGAGAAGAUUGAGGAAGUAAAGAAAGAGGUGGCAUUUUUUAACAACUUUCUCACGGAUGCUAAGCGCCCGGCUCUGCCUGAAAUUAAGCCAGCUCAGCCACCUGGCCCUGCCCAGAUACUCCCCCCAGGCUUGACCCCGGGACUCCCCUACCCACACCAGACUCCCCAGGGCCUGAUGCCCUAUGGUCAGCCCCGGCCGCCCAUCUUGGGCUAUGGAGCGGGUGCUGUCCGCCCUGCAGUCCCCACAGGAGGGCCUCCUUACCCGCAUGCCCCAUAUGGUGCCGGCCGAGGGAACUAUGAUGCUUUUCGAGGCCAGGGUGGUUAUCCUGGGAAACCUCGAAACAGGAUGGUUCGUGGAGACCCAAGGGCCAUUGUGGAAUAUCGUGAUCUGGAUGCCCCCGAUGAUGUUGAUUUCUUUUGAGCUGUGUCCCCUGUCCCCCAUUCCUAUCAUCUGUAAUUGUGAUUGCCCUGUCCCAUCAGCUGAGAAUUUUUUUUGUACGUUCAGACAUACUGCCAAUAAAAGC